CAUUGAUUCGGAGAUUUUUUUGCAAGUUGCAUUUCUCUUCCCUCUCCAAAUUCAACUUGAAUUGUGAUACGGUAAUUUUAGCAUACUUUCUUUCUUUUGCCGAUUUAGAUUCAGCAAUAUAUUCUUUCUCCAUCUUUGUUAGUUAUGGAUUUAAUGAUUUUCUGAGUGAUUUUUUGCAUCAUGCUUGGAAUUGAUAAUCUAGCAAAGUUGGUUAUUUAUCAUAUUUUGGCUAUUUAUCUUUAGUUUGAAGAGUUGCGUCUAGAAUAUCUGACAGAGUGCAUGAGCUAGGGAUUUGGUUUAGAUAGGGAAGUUAAAGGCCUCCGCAUUUUUGCGUAGUGCUAGGGAAACGAAGCAACAACUAGGCAUUUGGCUUAGACAAGGAAGUUAAAGGCCUCCGCGUUUUUGCGUAGUGCUAGGGAAGCGAAGCAACAUCACGAGUCGUAGCAGCCACUUUCAAAUUAGCGAAGGUUUUUAGCCAUAUUCGAUUGGCUGAUUACUUUUGUGUUUCUUUUAUUUUUUUAAUAUGCUAUGUGUUUCUUUAGCAAGGCUGUGAGUAUCUCCCUAUUCGUAAACUUUGCAUUAAUCAUGUUUAGAUUUCAGUCUUAGUGAGUGUUAGUAGUGUAGUUGCUGACAAGAAAUUGAUUUGGUUUAAGGCAGUUAAUUAAACUUGUUGGAAAAAUUCUUGAGGAAGAGAAGACUGUCAAAAUGAACAUUGAUUGAAUUGCCAACUGUUGAGGGGAAAUCACCAUCGUGAAUAGGUAAUGUGGCACAUUACACUAAUAGCUAAUGAGCUUAUCCAACUGGAGAACUACAACGAAAUAGAGGAAAAUCUCUUUAACUAUGUCAUUUAUGAAAUGGCAUCUCUAUUAUGGAAACCCAGAUUGCUAAUUUGCUAUGGAAUUUCAAGAAAUAAGGACCUUGCAUCAGAUGAUGAAGUGAUUGGUCAAUUUGGUGUUGGAUUUUAUUCUACUUUCUUGAUUGCUAAAAAGGAUCUGGCAACAUUUUCUGGUGAUGAUGCACACAAUAUGAACGAAGCUAAGUGUGAUUUGCUCGAUAUACCUGCUUUUGCACAAUUGGAGUAGGAUGCUAAAUAUGCUCUGGUGUAUCAACUUCUUAAGAUCUUUUUGACUCAGAGGUUGGAUGCAUACCUGGAUUUCCAAGCAGCAAAUUCCACUAUUGAAAAGCUAUGGACUUGUCCAUGAAGAUUCCAUUGCAAAGAUGAGGUUGAUGUCAUUGGUGGAUAUAGGCUCCAGUGAAUUCCUUAUUCUGUGAUCAAGGAUGUUCUGCUGGUGAAAUCUUUUAUGUAAUGUUUUAAUUAGUUUUUUUGCUGGGACAUGCAAACAGAGACACAGUUAUUUGAUUAAUUCAAUUUCAUUACUGAUCAAGUUGGUGUAUGACUGCAGAUUUAUUACAUUAAGGUGGAGCCAUGGGUUGUCAAGGUAAUCACAGCAAAGUUAAUUGAUUGCAAGAUUGAUUCAAUCAAUACAUACCACCAGUGCCCUGGUCUCCAAGCUCCUCAGUUGUUUGAGUCCUCAAAGAUUCAAAAUACUACAAGGAAAAGUCAUGACUACCAAUUGUUAUCGUGGGUGAAAAAUGAUAUUCAUCGUCUAGUGAUGAUGUAAAUGAGCAAUUUCCUUUUGCAUGAAACCGUCAUAUUGAUGAAUAAACUACUAUGUUGCUUUAUAUUUUUCAUUUAGAAUAUUUUUCAGUUAUGUAUACAAUUCAAUUAAUAUGUAGACGGUUGGUUAUACAUGAAUAUUGUUUGAUAUUAUUUGACAAAUAUUCGUUA